UGGUGUUAGAAACAGGCCAAUCUUUCCCCCCUCCCCUUCCCUUCCUUCAUCCCGAAUCUACACAGAAGCCUGCUGCGCGGGGGCUGAGGAAGAGCUGAUGCAGGGGGACGGAAUUUAGGAAGGGGAGGAGUGUUUAAAAAAAGAAAAGAAAAAAAGGUCGUUAUCGGUUUUUUUGUUUUUGUAAAUUUCCGUCCUCAAGUUUUUUUUUUUUUUAAAUUUCCCAGCCUCCUCCUCCAGCAGCCACCUGAGGUGAUGGUGGCGGAGAAAGAGGGCUCCGGCCCCCAGAAGGACAGACCCCCACAACUGCAGGAGCCGCUGAGGCAUACCAAAAGAUGCAAGAAGCAGGUCAGCGAUGGAUUCACCGUCAAAGCCAUGAUGAAAAACACCGUGGUGAAAGGUCCCCCAGCGGCAGGAGCAUUUAAAGAAAGACCAACAAAGCCUACAGCAUUUCGCAAGUUUUAUGAGCGAGGUGACUUCCCAAUCGCCCUUGAGCACGAUACAAGAGGAAACAAAAUAGCCUGGAAGGUGGAGAUAGAGAAGCUGGACUAUCAUCACUAUCUGCCAUUGUUUUUCGAUGGUCUAUGUGAAAUGCAAUUUCCCUAUGAGUUUUUUGCUCGGCAAGGCAUCCAUGACAUGCUGGAGCAUGGAGGGAACAAGAUCCUUCCUGUCAUUCCUCAGCUCAUUAUCCCAAUAAAAAAUGCGCUGAACCUUCGAAACCGACAGGUCAUCUGCAUCACACUCAAAGUUCUCCAGCACCUGGUUGUGUCAGCUGACAUGGUGGGGGAAGCCUUAGUGCCCUAUUAUCGACAGAUUCUCCCCAUUUUAAACAUCUUUAAGAAUAUGAAUGUUAAUUCGGGAGAUGGCAUUGACUACAGUCAGCAGAAGCGUGAAAAUAUUGGAGACUUGAUUCAAGAGACACUGGAAGCUUUUGAGCGCUACGGUGGUGAAGAUGCUUACAUAAACAUUAAAUACAUGGUUCCAACUUACCAAUCAUGCCUGUUAAACUAACAAACAGAAAGAGUGAGGCUAUUUACAUUCUCCAGCUCUGUCAAAUGUUCUGUUCCUCAUUCUUUGCCUGCAUCUACUAAAACAGCAGCUUCUGGACCUUUAGACUGUGUGGUACUAUUGUGAACCAGUCUUUCCAAUACAUAAAUAGUGCCUGUUUCUUUGA